AUGUCGACCGCGCUCGCGCGCCUCGCGCUCGCCCCCGCGACGCGCGCGCGCGUCGACGCGUCCCUCCGUCGAAGCGUCGGCCACCGCGACGACGCGCGUCCUCAUCGGCGUCCUCGUCUUAUCCGUCGCGCGUCCUCCGCGUCACCUUCCGCCUCCGCGUCGAACGCGGACGGCAUGUACGACGGCACCGUGCUCUUCCACCUGUACGACGAGCUCGUCGCCCCGAAGCCGAUAUUCACGACGUUCUUAGAGGGCGCGCUGCACGUCGCGGAGGUGGCGCGGUCGCAUCCGUCGUACGCCUCCGCGCACUUCCACGAGGCGCACGACCAGGCGCGCGCGAUCGACUGCGAGCCGCACGGGUACUUCAACAUGACGCUCUUCUCGUGCGCGCCGGAGACGCUCUGGGACGCGUUCGAGGACUUGCGCGAGUGUGUGGACAUCGGGCACGUGGAGCGGACGCACCAUCCGCUGCCGUGCGCGGAGAUCGCCGCGACGCCGGGACCGACGUCAGCCAUCGCGUCGGCGCCGCACGGCGCGGUGAAAUACGCGGAGACCGACGCGACCGUGCUCGUCGCGACGCCGCGCGGAGGAGACAAAGAGAAGGAGGCGUGGGAGGCGUGGAGCGGCGUGGACGCCGCGCGCGAAUCGUGCGGGGAGACGUUCCUGGGCGCGUCGCUGCACGAGUGCGUCGACGCGGCGUCGGCGUAUCGAUUCGUCGUGCGGACGGAGCUCGGCGGCGCGAGCGACGAGGCUGUCGCGGCGGCGACGGAGGCGGCGCGCGCGGCGGCGGGCGACGGCGCGAUCGUCGGGGCGUAUCGGUGCGCGUUUAACAUCGAGAAGGAGGGCGCGCCCGCGGGGGCGUUACCGGCGGUGCGAGAGGUUCAGAAGAAGCAGAGGGAGGCGAAGGAGCAGGGGUUUAAGAGCGCGGCGGCGUAG